AUGAAUGAAAAUCUUGUAAAAACGACCGGGGACCAUUCUGAUCAAUUCAUCGUAAAAUCCUACACGGAGUUAACCUUUGAAGAAAAGCUGAAAGUUAUCGAAGAAAACCAAAAACGAAUAGAAAGGGAGCUGGAAGCGGAAAUUGUUCUGAAGAGAAAAGAGAUGGAGAUAAAUCAGGCAAUCCGAAGAAAACGGCUAGAGAUGGAGAAACAAAUGCGAGAAGAUCAGGAAGAACACGAGAAGAUAGUUUUGGAAGUACUUCUACUAGAGCGUAAGUUGCAACUGAAGCGUAUGAAGCGCAGGCAGCAGUCAUUUGAAGAAUCUAUGAAAAGAACGGAAAAAGAAAUAUCGUGCCUACUAUGGGCUAGAAAGCGAAACAAAUAUGGAGAAAAGGAUCGUAAAGGUGAAGGAACUAGUGAAAGUGACAACCAUGAAGAAUUUGAAAAAGUUCUAUCGUUUGAAGAAAGAAAGAUCGUAAAGAAACGAAAGGGGAAGAGUGAUCAAAAUCAACAAAGGCUGAGCCAGCUUCAGUUGCAGUGUAUGCCAACUAAAACUCAAUUGUCUGCAAGGAGUUGCCUCUGUAAAAAGCUACCGACAUUCUCGGGAAAGUCAGAAGAAUGGCCACUAUUUUACGGUGCGUAUCAAGCAUCUAAUAAAGCAUGUGGAUAUACUGACGUGGAAAAUCUUGUUCGGCUGCAAGAAUGCCUGAAAAAUCCGGCUCUCGAGAUGGUUCGGGGACAGUUACUGUUUCCGAAGUCGGUACCAAAAGUUAUUGAGAAGCUGCGGAUGCUGUACGGUCGACCGGAGCAAAUUUUGCAGAGUCAUUUACACAAAAUUCGUCACUUGGAAUCACCAAAGGCUGGUAGGCUCACCAGUUUCAUUCCCUUCGGUACUAUAAUCGAACAUUUAGAAGCAGCGGGUCUCAAACAACAUUUAAUGAACCCCCUUUUGGUUCAUGAACUGGUACAGAAACUGCCAGACAAUGAUAAACGCAACUGGGAGAGCAGGUUAAUCGCGGAGGCUUUCCACAUAAAGUUGAUGGGCAAUGACGUGACGGUAAAUCUGCAACGAGAAUGCGGUGGUAUAGACUCGGCCUACAACGCACUAGUGUGCAAAAUACGAUCGUUGAACAGGCGAACGUCCACUCGGCAGCGACGAUGA